UUUUCACCUUGACCAUCUCCUACGAGUGUCUACGCCCCCCAAAAGCAUUGUACUGUGUACAAAGAUUAACUUCUUGCCUUGAUAAUCUUUUUACCUUUUCAUGGCUUGCGCUCUUAUCGACAAAUCUUCAGACUCUUUACCACUAGUUUCCGACAACGCUUCUGCAGAAAAUAUCACCAGUUUUCAUGCCGUCGAACGCGAUCCUACUUCAUGGGCAGGCUCAUUGCCAGCAAGCCAGGGUCUCUACCUCAACGAGAACGAGAAAGAUUCUUGCGGUGUCGGUUUUAUCUGUCAUGUAAAAGGUGAACCGGCCCAUAAGAUCGUCUCUGACGCACGUCAGCUUUUGUGCGCGAUGACACACAGAGGUGCGACUGGAGCAGACAGUAGAGAUGGUGAUGGUGCAGGUGUUAUGACCGCAAUACCUCACCACUUCUUUGUUCGGGAAGCAGAGCGAGAAAUAGAAUGCACUUUACCCGAUGCCGGCGAGUAUGCAGUUGGGAAUGUUUUUUUCAAAGCAGAUCCUAUUCAACUUCAGAGCCAACAAGCUAUAUUUUCGAGGAUUGCCAACGAUCUCGGCUUGCGAGUUCUCGGGUGGAGAGAGGUGCCGACUGAUGGUACAAUCCUAGGACCUGCAGCUAGUAGCAAGGAACCUACUAUCCUCCAACCUUUCGUAGUCCUCCGCGCCCAUUACGGCGACGGAAGUGUAAGUCAAGGUGGCACAUUCGAUGCCAAACACUUUGAACGUCAGCUAUACGUUCUACGAAAACAUGCCACACAUACUAUUACUCUCGCUAAGGGAUUCUACGUCUGCUCCCUUUCGACGAAGAACAUCGUGUACAAAGGCCAACUUUCACCUCCGCAAGUGUACAACUACUACCAUGAUCUGAAUCAUGUCCUUUACAAGUCUCAUUUUACCCUCGUGCACUCCCGUUUCUCGACAAACACUUUCCCCAGUUGGGAUCGAGCUCAACCCAUGCGAUGGGCAGCUCACAAUGGCGAAAUAAACACAGUUCGUGGGAACAAAAACUGGAUGCAUGCGAGAGAAGGUGUCCUUUCUUCACAGCACUUUGGAGACGAGUUGCUGGACCUUCUUUAUCCUAUCAUUGAAACUGGUGGCUCCGACUCUGCUGCUUUCGACAACGUGCUCGAAUUGCUCGUCGUCAAUGGAGUUGUUUCUCUCCCGGAGGCAGUAAUGAUGCUCAUCCCUGAGGCUUGGCAAGGUAACGAAAACAUGGAGCCUGACAAGAAAGCGUUCUAUAACUGGGCUGCAUGUCUUCAGGAGCCUUGGGAUGGCCCUGCUUUGUUCGCUUUUAGUGACGGGCGAUACUGCGGGGCCAAUCUUGACCGAAACGGCCUCAGACCGUGUCGAUUUAUUGUCACUAGCGAUGAUAUCAUGAUUUGUGCAUCCGAGGUCGGAGUACUUUAUGUUCCACCUGAGAAGGUCGUCCAGAAGGGGCGUUUGAAGCCUGGUCGUAUGCUUCUGGUCGAUACUCUUGAGGGGAGGAUAGUCGAUGACAAGGAGCUCAAACGUACCACUGCCGCCAAACAGAACUUCGCUUCCUGGAUAGAAUCUCACGUUCUUCACGUUCCUAACAUCGUGAAGCGUUCGAUUCGCGGCGGAGCCAACCUUGAGCCGGUGCUCGAUGAUUAUACCCUCAGCACCGAUCCCAAACUUGUAGCGUUCGGCUAUACUGUCGAGCAGUUGAAUUUGCUGAUCUUGCCCAUGGUUUCGGAUGGCAAGGAGGCGUUAGGGUCUAUGGGCAAUGACGCACCCCUCGCUGCGAUGGCCACUCAACCCCGACUCAUUUACGACUAUUUCCGACAGCUCUUCGCCCAGGUCACCAACCCUCCCAUUGACCCCAUCCGAGAGAGUAUCGUGAUGUCCCUUGAAGCCUACGUGGGCCCCGAGGGCAACUUGCUUGAGAUGAAACCUCAGCAGUGUCAUCGUAUCUUAUUACCCUCUCCUGUCAUUUCAAUCGAGGAAAUGAACGCCAUGAAAAAUCUCAAGCUGGCGUAUGCCGCUUGGCCCUCUAGAACCAUUGACAUCACCUUCCCCAAGGAAGAGGGUCUACCUGGUUACCAGUUAGCCCUUGAGCGAGUGUGCAGUGAGGCGACACAAGCGAUAGACGAUGGCGUCAAGGUCGUUAUCCUCUCAGAUCGUGCUACUGGACCUAAUCGCGUGCCACUCUCUGCUUUGGUCGCUUGUGGAGGUGUUCACCAUUUCCUCGUGCAACAGAAGAAGCGGGCUAAGAUUGCACUUAUGAUCGACACGGCUGAAGCGAGGGAAGUUCACCAUUUCUGUGUUCUUCUUGGCUAUGGUGCCGACGCCAUUUGCCCUUGGAUGUUGAUGGAAACGAUUCACAAAGUUGGUCGUGAGGGCUUAAUCAAGGGGGGGAAGACCGUUAGGGACCUCAUGGACAACUACCGACUUUCCGUCGACAACGGCAUCCUCAAAGUCAUGUCCAAGAUGGGUAUCUCAACAUUACAAUCAUACAAGGGUGCUCAGAUCUUUGAGAUUCUUGGUCUUCACCAGCAUGUUGUUGAAAGGUGUUUCAUCGGUUCAGCCAGUCGUGUGCAAGGCGCUACGUUUGACCUCUUGGCUAUGGAUGCUUUCGAACUGCACGAGCGUGGUUGGCCUUCUCGUGAAACUAUCAUCCCUCCCGGGAUGCCAGAAUCAGGAGAAUACCAUUGGCGAGACGGCGGAGAGGCUCAUAUCAAUGAUCCGGUCGGAAUUGCGAACCUGCAAGAUGCUGUCAGAGAAAGAAACCGGGAAGCUUAUGACGCUUAUGCGCGCAAUGCCGAUGGACAAACGCGCUCCGUUCACCUUCGUGGUCUACUAGACUUCCGAUACGAGAACGCCACACCCAUUCCUAUCGAACAAGUCGAACCGUGGAACGAAAUUGUUCGCCGUUUCGUGACAGGUGCCAUGUCGUAUGGGUCCAUUUCAAUGGAGGCCCACUCUACCCUGGCGGUCGCUAUGAAUCGUCUUGGUGGAAAGUCGAACACUGGUGAAGGUGGUGAGGACGCCGAACGGUCUCAGAUUCUAUCGAAUGGGGAUACUAUGCGGUCCGCUAUUAAACAGGUUGCGUCAGGACGAUUUGGUGUUACCUCGAACUACCUCGCGGAUGCAGAUGAACUCCAGAUCAAGAUGGCGCAAGGUGCCAAACCUGGAGAAGGUGGUGAGCUUCCGGGCCAUAAAGUUUCGGGCUCUAUCGCGAGGACUCGUCAUUCGACUGCUGGCGUCGGUCUCAUAUCUCCUCCUCCUCACCAUGAUAUCUAUUCCAUUGAAGACCUCAAACAGUUGAUAUAUGAUCUCAAGUGUGCGAACCCUCGUGCCCGUGUGUCUGUCAAGCUCGUAUCUGAAGUGGGGGUGGGCAUUGUUGCCAGUGGUGUGGCUAAAGCCAAGGCCGACCAUAUCCUCAUAUCAGGGCAUGACGGUGGCACCGGAGCUUCUCGUUGGACUGGCAUCAAAUAUGCUGGACUUCCUUGGGAACUUGGUUUGGCUGAAACACAUCAGACACUUGUCCUCAACGACCUCCGUGGACGUGUGAUUGUCCAGACUGAUGGUCAGAUUCGAACUGGUCGGGAUGUCGCUAUUGCAUGUCUACUUGGAGCAGAAGAGUGGGGGUUUGCAACUACUCCUCUCAUUGCUAUGGGUUGUAUCAUGAUGAGAAAAUGCCAUCUCAACACCUGUCCGGUCGGCAUUGCUACGCAAGAUCCUCAGCUACGUGCCAAGUUCGCCGGACAACCUGAACAGGUUAUCAACUUCUUCUAUUACCUAGCGGAAGAACUUCGUACCUACAUGGCUAAGCUCGGAUUCCGCACUAUCAAUGAGAUGGUGGGUCGAGCUGAUAUGUUAAAAGUCAACGAAAAGUUGCGGACGACAAAGACCGCUCACCUCGAUUUGUCUGCCGUGUUGAAACCAGCAUGGCAGAUGCGACCUGGUGCAGCCACUUACCGUGUACGGCAACAAGAUCACAAGCUCUAUAUCCGUCUUGACAACAAGUUCAUCGACGAGUCUGAGCCUGCGCUUACCAAGGGUUUACCUGUUCAUAUUGAAUGUGACGUCGUCAACACGGAUCGUGCGCUCGGCACGUCGUUGUCAUAUCGAGUCUCGAAAUUCUACGGAGAAGAAGGUCUUCCUCGAGAUACUAUUCAUAUUAGGAUGAGGGGCUCUGCGGGUCAGUCUUGUGGUGCUUUCCUCGCUCCUGGUAUCACCAUCGAGCUUGAAGGAGAUGCCAACGAUUAUGUUGGAAAGGGUCUCUCGGGCGGUCGUCUUAUCGUCUACCCUCCCAAGAACUCCGCUUUCAAGGCUGAGGAAAACAUCAUUAUUGGGAAUGUUUGCUUGUAUGGUGCAACCUCGGGAGAGGCCUUUAUUCGGGGAGUAGCUGCAGAGCGAUUUGCUGUCCGUAACUCUGGAGCGAAUGCGGUAGUUGAAGGGACUGGUGACCAUGGAUGCGAGUACAUGACAGGUGGGCGAGUUGUAGUCCUUGGAACAACUGGUCGUAACUUCGCUGCUGGAAUGAGUGGCGGGAUUGCUUACGUCCUCGAUACCGCUCAUACGUUUACUUCCAAGGUGAACAUGGAGAUGGUGGAACUCGGAAAAGUCACUGAUCCCCGGGAGAUUGCUGCGCUUCGGAGUCUCAUCGAGGACCAUCGGCACUUCACUAGCUCAGAAGUGGCCAACCGAGUUUUGAAUGACUUCCAUCAUCUUUUACCGUUGUUCGUACGUGUGAUGCCGCUUGAUUAUAAGAGGGUGUUGGAGGAACAGGCUGCUCGAGCGAAAGAGGAGAAACUCCGAUCUAGCGUCAUUGAUUUGAUUCCAUCUCGAACUGCCAGCCAGGUUGACCUUGCAUCCGAAGGUCUGGAGGACAUCCUACUCCCCAACCGCUCUCAACCUCAAUCGCAUGCUAUGCUAUCUAAGCGUCACGAACCUUCUGUGGUCGAUUUGGAGGAUUCCAUGGUGGACGAGUCUACUACUAAACAGCGACUUGGGAAGUUGGACAAGACUCGAGGGUUCAUGAAGUACAAGCGCCUUGCCGAAGCUUACCGACCGCCACGCAAACGAGUCAAGGACUGGAAGGAAAUUUCUACGCGAUUGACUGAGAAUGAAUUGAAAUACCAGUCUGCUCGUUGUAUGGAUUGUGGUGUUCCAUUCUGCCAAUCUGAUACAGGGUGUCCCAUCUCGAAUAUCAUUCCAAAGUGGAAUGAUUUGGUGUUUAAAGGACAGUGGAGAGAUGCGUUGAAUCGAUUGUUGUUGACGAAUAACUUCCCGGAGUUUACUGGACGUGUUUGUCCUGCUCCUUGUGAGGGAGCUUGUGUUCUUGGGAUUAACGAGCAGCCUGUUGGGAUUAAGAGUAUCGAGUGUGCUAUCAUUGAUAAAGGCUUUGAGAUGGGCUGGAUGGCUCCGAACCCACCGUCGUUCCGUACUGGGAAAACGGUGGCUGUUAUAGGUUCUGGACCGGCAGGUUUGGCAUGUGCUGACCAGCUGAAUAAGGCUGGGCAUAUAGUGACUGUCUAUGACCGCAAUGAUCGUAUGGGUGGGUUGUUGAUGUACGGGAUCCCGAAUAUGAAGCUUGACAAGGGUGUAGUUCAACGUCGACUUGAUCUUAUGACUGCGGAAGGCAUCACCUUCAUUCCCGAUGCUCAUGUUGGAGUUGAUAUUGACGUCGAGGAAAUACGCGCAGAUAAUGAUGCGUUGGUGAUAUGUACUGGCGCGACGUGGCCUCGGGAUCUUAAGAUUCCUAAUAGAGACACGGAUGGGAUUCAUUUUGCGAUGGAGUUUUUACAGUUGAACACUAAAUCGCUUUUGGACUCGGAGUUACAGAAUGAAUCGUAUAUUAGUGCUAGGGGGAAGGAUGUUAUUGUGAUUGGAGGAGGAGAUACGGGGAAUGAUUGUAUUGGGACUGCUAUGCGACAUGGUGCCAAGUCGGUGACGAACUUUGAGUUGUUGCCUAAACCUACUCAUGGGAGAGGGAGGGAUAAUCCUUGGCCGCAGUGGCCGCGGAUUUUCCGUACUGAUUAUGGACAUACGGAGGUUGCGGCGCAUUUUGGGAGUGACCCGAGAGAAUAUUGUAUUUCGACCAAAGACUUUGUCGUUGACGAAGAAGGAAAAUUGAAAGGUUUGAAUACCGUUCGUGUGGAAUGGACCAAGGAUAGUGGAGGGAAAUGGAAGAUGGAGGAAGUUCCGGGAUCGGAGAAGUUCUUUUCUGCGCAGUUGGUGUUCCUUGCACUUGGGUUUUUGGGACCGCAGAUGGAAGUGAUUCAGGCGCUUGGAGUGAAGCAAGAUGCGAGGUCGAAUGUUCAGACACCGCCUAAAAAAUACUCUACGAAUGUUGAAGGAGUGUUUGCUGCUGGUGAUUGUCGUCGUGGACAGUCGCUUAUCGUAUGGGGAAUCAACGAGGGUCGAGGAGCUGCAGCGGAAGUAGACGCGUGGUUGAGUGGUAACACGAGGUUGCCUACUGCUGGGGGUAUCAAAACGAGGACGUUUGUUCCUCCUCCUACGAAAUUGUCCCGUGGGUUGCAUGCGCAAGAGGUGUAACGGAGCGCCGAAAAGAAGGGGGGGUCAUGAUCAUAUGCAUGUAAUUUACUUUUGUAUCGAAUGUUAUUAGGAUCCCAUGGCAGAUAUCAGUGAUUUUGUGGCUAGGCUAGGUCCAGAUCAAUCGAUGAGAGAUCCAAAUAGCAGCAAAUACCAAGGAGUAUAAAAAAAGGGGGUGCAAACGAGGAAAUGAUAUCUCAUAAACUACUACUUCAUCAUCAUCAUCAUCAUGUUCACCAGUGUCCAAGUCCCCAUUGACCAUGCCAAUUGCGGCAACAGCAGCUGUACCUGCGGUGAUACCUGUGGAUGCAAGGCUGGAGAGUGCAAAUGCUAAAAUGGGUCAUACAUGAGCAUAAAGCUUCGUUGUUGUAUACAAUUUAUCAUUGGUUGGUCUUUAAUACGGC